UGUUCAGUCCCAAUCUCUCUGUCACGCGCUGUCCGAAUCCCACAAAAUUUCCUCGUGGAACGUCCGCUUCAAUGGUGGCGAAAAAAUUACGGCGUUAACCGCGAAAGUGUGUCGAGUUAAUUUUCGGUACAUUUCUCUCCCUCGGGUCUCCGUUAAAUGCACUGUUUUUCCGCUCGGGGAUCGUUAAAGCAACGCGAGUAUAAUUUAAUAAUUAAGCAUACCGGAAACGCUUGCUCAUCGUUGUGCCGAGGGUUGUGGGAAAAACCGACGGGAACGAGAAGCGAAAAAGAGAGGCGGCGAUAAGAUGCCUUCGCAAAGAGUUAAAUACGCUCAAGCUCAUUUAUCGUCCACGGAACACAUCGCGCUAUUAGCGCGUCCUAACUGGAGAAGACUUCGCAGAACUGAUCCAAAUGUCCUGGCGCGUCCAUUUACAGUACGGCGCGCGAUUCUCAGGAGCCGCGCCUCGAGGCGCAUCCGGGUUAUGGCGCAACCGAAAUUCGUAACCAAGAAAUACGAUCCCGCAGCGGCGCCGCCCCCUUACCCGCGCAUUCACCCGAAGACGCUCGCAGCGAAGAGUAGCAAGCGUAUCGUCGAUCUGGCAUUGCCCAAGAGAAGACUUCUGGUGGAGACGAUGAAAUUGGCAGCUACCAAAAACAUGAAGGCAACCGUGAACGAUCUGCUGGUGAAGGUUCGAAAGUCACGGUACCAGCGGUAUCGUGUAUUCUGCAACGCGCGUCAAGAGCGAGAAGCUAGGAAAAAGAGAAAACGAAUGGCGAAACUACGCAGAGCUCUCACAAAACCAGAAGACUGGCAAAGGCACAUGCGGGUCCUGGAAAGACUAGCUGCGCCCAAAGUCGCCGCAAGACCGAAAAGGAGGAAACCCAGUAAGAAGAGGAAGUGGAGGCCGAUCGAUAUGGAGCGAGUGUACUUCUUGGCGUUACCAAUGGUUCGACAUAAGCCCAUGCUGAGAGAUCCAUUCGAGGUGUCUGAGCGUGCACUCACCUAUCGUAUGACCAAGCGAAUAGAGAAACUUGCGACUCGAAAGAAACGUCCGGAGGUUUCAUUCCGAAUACCAGGCGCCGUUUCGCCGGCCGCGACGAAAGCUAGAGCUUCCGAGAGAGUAAUCGCUUUGGCGAAACCCGCCCAACGUCCAGCGGGUAGGGAAACGGAUCUCCGAGAGGAUGCCUUCACCGUGUCGCCGAUGGCGUUAAAGGCGAGAUGCUCCAAGCGUCUCAAAAGUCUCGCCAAACCGAAGACCUAUCCGAAACCCGUAUUCAAGAGAAUGAUAACUGCACUCAAACGAUGAAGCAGCCAAUGGGCGU